AUGAGCUGUAACGGGUGCCGGGUUCUCCGGAAGGGGUGCAGUGAGAGCUGCGUGCUGCGGCAGUGUCUUCGGAUGAUCGAGAGCCCCGAGGCCCAGGGGCACGCUACCCUCUUCGUCGCCAAGUUCUUUGGCCGCGCAGGGCUCAUGUCCUUCGUCUCCGCUGUGCCGGAGCCUCAACGCCCUGGUGAGUUCGCUUGUGAUUUGAUAAUCUCCUGAUCUUGCUGGGCUACUUCUCUCUGAGUUGGGGAAUUCUUAAAAUUUGGUCGUCUCCUUGACCCCGCCGUGUGAUGCAGCUCUCUUCCAGUCCUUGCUUUUCGAGGCCUGUGGAAGGACCAUCAACCCAGUCAACGGAGCGGUAGGGUUGCUGUGGUCGGGUAACUGGCAUCUGUGCCAGGCGGCGGUAGAGACGGUCCUCCGCGGAGGCACCCUCCGACCCUUACCGCAGGACGAGGAACCUCAGGUCGAUUGCUUCUUCGAGGCCGCCGGCAGCUUCUAUGAGCCCUCCGUGCGGAUGCUAUGUUCGAGGCAGCAGCAGGAGUCUCUGAAGCGGCCCAGAAUGUCCUCUCCCAUGUGCGAAGCCGACAACGAGGGCCGCCGCGUGACGGGCGGCGCGAGGCCGUCGGCGCCGUCCAACCUCGAGUUGCGUCUUUCCGGGGAGGUAGACGACAGGCGGCAGCAGAAGCGGCCGGGGACUCCCUCGGAAGAGUCGGGGACGACGUGCGCCGAGAGCGGAGACUGGGCCACGGCCGCGUGUCAGCAGCAGCAGGAGCAGGUGCCGCUCCUACUCAACCUCUUUGCGUGA